AUGGAGGGCAACGUCGUCUGGCGACAACGGACAGCUCAGGGAGAUGAUGCAAGAAGCACCUUGUGGAGUGUCGCUUGCAGCCCCGACGGGGCUCGACUCGUUUUAGGAGUCGGAUGCUGCGUGCUUCUUCUUGAGGUUGAGUCGGGCGAGACGUUGCGGGCACUUGGUGGUCAUAAGGGGGACGUUAAUGCUGUUGCGUUUGCCUCCGAUGGGAAUACAUUUGCUUCAGGAGGAUGCGACAAGCAAGUGAUAAUAUGGGAUGCAGAUGGGGAGCCCCUGAGGCAUUGCACUUGUUCAGGUAGUGUGCAGACUCUCUCAUUCAACCCGCGAGUUUUCAUCCUUGCCAUUGGAACGGCAGAAGAGCUCGAUUUGUGGCGCUGUGAAGACCAGCAAGCCCCAGAUAAUGAAAAGUCUAGGAGCUUUGCGAGUUCCGAAAACAUUUUUUUUCCUAGAGCCGCUUCCCGCUUGAGCCGCAGCAGCGAUUUGCAGAGUACUCCUAGCAGUCUCGGCAGGGCAGGUUCUAUGAUUGUUCGGCUUGCAACCAGUACUAGUGAAUCAAAGUCAAGCGCUACCAGCACCUCCAUCCAGCGGUAUGUAAGAGAUAAAGUAAGCUCACGCAUCUGUUGCCUGUCUUGGGAUGAGGAAGGCCAGCGACUCGCUUCAGGCCAGUAUAGUGGAUUACUUGUAGUGCAUGACAGAUCAAGUUCUCAGCUGUGGAGUCAGCAGUUGGGGGCAGCUGUUUGGACCGUGUCAUGGCGCCCUUCUCGCCGUACAGCUGCUGAAGGCAGCUCAAAGAGUGCAGAUAUACGUGACAGUUUGCUAGUGGCUUGUACUUUUGAGCCGAGUAUGUGGCUACUUGAUGUUGAUGCGGAAGUGCCCAUCAUAUCAACACCCCUCACCCAUGACCCCUUGAGCGCUAUUUUCUCUCCAGGAGGCGACUAUCUGGUCAUGGUGGGUGUAGACGGAUGCAUAACGUUGUGGAGCUCUAAUGGAAUCUACCUGCAGCCCCUCCAUGUUUCUGGUGAGAGGCUCGAGGCCACGGCUUGCUGUUUCCUCCCGUCUGGCCAGCGACUGGCCUUCACGAACCGUCAGGGCGACGUUGGGAUACUAAACUUGCGGCUUCCAGUGGUUCAUGGCCUUCACCGCGAGGUGUAUGCUCGUCGGACAACUCUUUGCGAACUCACCGUUCAUAACCUACUGUGCAACAAGACAGUCACUAUUCCGUUCGAUGAGCUCAUUCAGAAGGUAGCCGUCUACAGGCAGCUGCUGGCAGUUCAGCUUAAAAGGUGUAUCGUCAUCUCAAAGGCCUGCCAGGCUGCUCUAGGAACUCUGGAAUACCGUGAAGUGCAUCGCCUCAAAGGAUCUUUUGAAUGCUCUCUAUUGCUUUUGGCUGCCCAUUCAGUGGUUCUAUGCCACGGCAACACCCUGAAACUCUAUGAUCUGGAAGGGAAAGCCCAAAGGCAGUGGAAUCUGAAGGCUGCUGUUCGUUACGUACGAGUGCUUGGAGGACCACCGGGAGCUGAGGCGCUAUUAGUUGGUCUAAGAAAUGGAGAGGUGUUAUAUGUUUACGUCCACCAGGAACUACCGUUGCCACUUCUUCACCACCAUACGGGCAUUGUUUGCGUGGACGUGUCAGCAGAACGCAGCCGGCUGGCUAUCAUAGAUGAAAACAAGGAGCUCCACAUUUUCGAAUUACAGAACAAACGGUCUCUCUUGCCGUACCAACAAGGCUUCCAGGGUAUCGUAGUUGGUUUCAUGGGUUCAUCCGCAUUUUGUUUGUAUCGUCAAAAGAUGCACCAAGUGAAGAUUGACUACAAGAUUGCCAUCUAUCGAUAUCUCAAAAAAAAUGAUCUCAAGAGUGCAUAUAAUCUUGCCUGCCUGGGGGCAACAGAUAACGACUUGAAGCAGCUGGGGCUAGAAUGUCUCCGCGAAGGGGACUUGAAACUGGCACGCAAAUGUUUCCAACGUCGCAAAGAUUACAGAGCAAUAUGUAUGCUAAAUCAAGUCCAGGUGGAGCUGGAUGUACUGAACAUUCCAACAGAUCUACAACAGUAUGUUUGCAGAGCCUACGCGUACGCGUUUGUCCAGAACUUCACGGCAGCAGCCGAUGAGUGGGGAAAAGCUGGCCUUCCUCAGCGGGCGUCUGAGAUGUUUGCUGACUUGCGAAAGUGGGCUGAAGCCCGGCAAUGGGCCACUAUUGCCGCAAAAGCGCAGUGCGAUACUCUAGACGUAGAUCCAAAGGAUGGAACAAUAGGCUUUCCUGAGGCGCCCAACAAAGCUGGCGAGGCAAUUGCAAGUAGUGCAAGGCAAAAAUCUGCCACAUCAACAAAUGAAUCAGGAGGGAAGCUUUUGCGAACGGAAGAACAAGAUAAGUCUGCGCUGGAGGAAGCAUUUAUGCAAGCAUUACGAGAAGCGGCACGAUUGUACGUUGCCACAGGACAGGUUGAGCGAGCGAGCCGAGUGUACUCAAAUAUUGGAGCGACGCAAAGCCUAAUUGAAUUGUUUCGGACGUACCGGCCUCGAAAGAAUCAAAAACUAGGCAAUCACCAGAAUCAAACCGAUGCAAAAAUACCUUGCCCACUUUUAGAAACAAGCGAAGAUUUUAGUGGAGAUCACGAGAUGCGAGAUGCUUUGCGCUGGGCUAUACCUUUUUUUGAGAGCGGCAGUCAUAUAAACUUAGCUCAGGAGGCGCUAUUGUCCUUGGGGGACUCAAUUGGGUUUCUAAAAGUCCUAAUGCGGGCGGGUCGGUGGCAUGAAGCCCUCUCCAGAGCAAAGGAGGAUCCCACGCUCCUAAAACAUGUGCUUGUGCCAUGGGCCAACGAGCUCAUCCGCCGGGAUCAGCCUGAAGUAGCUGUGAAGGUCUUCCGGCAAGCUGGGAGGGAAAAGAUGGCACUGCGCUUGGAGGCCACUUUACUAGAAUGUGCAAUCUCCCAACAGCUUUAUGCUCAGGCAGCUGCGAGAAGCUGGGCGCUGGCCAUAGCUUUUGCGAACAUGGCAACCGGUGAUGUAAAACUGAUGGACAGUUCACCAUGCAGUCUUGCUUGCGAGGUAACAGGAAUGGCUAGUGAUGGCCUUGCAGGUGCUAUGAACCAUCUAGAGCCUGCUAAUCUACCUCGUUGCAUCUUUCGCUACCUUGUUUGCUACUUUCGACGUAUAUCAGAGAUUUAUGGGGUAUAUUUCGUGUUGUGGCGCUAUGCAUCAUCUUCACCAGCGAGGCGUGCGAUGCCUGCACACGCCCUCCUACGGGCCUGUGCUUUUCUAUGGUCUCAUGCCUUGGCACCUCUAGCAAAACCUGAUAGCCCUGAUUCCAGCGCAAGCAGUGCCGUCGACGACAAAAAUACCUUUGUAGGAGGUCUGAGACGUCGGUUAAAUGGCACUCAAGCACUUGGUCGAGGGCUCCGGCCAUCUUGGCGCUUACAUUCGUGGUGGCAGGAGGCACAGGCAGCAUUGGACCGCCCUCCAGUCCAGGGGUUUUUGCGUAGUUGUGGGAUUCGGCUUGAUCGGCGUGUCAAAGGCAUCCGAACGGUUCUAGUGUUACGGCUAAUGGCUGAAGCAGCGCUUCAAAUCCAUGACUAUGAGGUUGCAGCGGCUGCUUGUAAUGAGCUAUGGCGCCUUGCUCUGCGCGACCCUGAAAGGAGGGAGAGAGCUGACCUCGCAGUAAAGAUUAAAGCAGCAUCAGCCUCAGCUGCAGCGGUUCCUAGGAUGCAUGAAAUUCUUAAAACCUUGAGCAGUACGAUCUGUGUUCUGUGCGGGACAACAGUGCCUCUCGUGACUUCUGAAGCCCUUCCUCUUGGUGUGGACAUAAGCUGUGGGAGCUGCGGGUGCCCUAUUUCACUAGAAUUUGGCACAUUUGCUCCACUAGCAGCAGUUGAGUACUGCCCGCAGAACGAAUCGGAGCAAAGCAGUCUACCGACGGGAACAGAAUUAUCCCCUGACGCUAAAGGCUGUUCUGUAGACGAGCAGUUCCUUACAAUUGCUCGGAGAAGCAUGCUGCGGCGUCAGGCCUCAACUUCAUCACCCCACAUAGCAUCUAUUCCUGGUCCUGUUAAAUUCCAGCCGCCCCUUCUUAGUGCCAAAGCAAUACAGCAACAACCACGCGAGAAGAUCUUAUGGCGCAACAACAAAUGCAUAGAGGGUAGCCGUGGUUCCCGCGUUCUUCGCCUGCUUGGACUGCCCCACACACCGGCAGAACGAGCACUACAUAAUGCAACCCAGCACGAGCCUGCGGCAGAAGCGGUGGAGGUGGAUAUGCUAAUGGCAUGCGCUACUUGCUCCCAUUUGUUUAUCUACCCACCAGCUCAGGGGCAGCUCUUACCCAACAACCCCUGCAUAUUCUGCGCCACGAUUAGUCCCCGCACUCCGAUCCUUCCAUGCUUCGCCCUUCGAUAA